AUGUUUUCCCGGCACCGGAUUCUGGCCGCCUCCCUUGCCGUGGGCAUCACCCUCUUCCUGUGGUUCCGCACGCCGCAGUGGCCGAUAAUAGCGAUAAACACACCGUCUCCGGAGAUUCUCAACAGCACUCUCGGGCACAUUUUCGCCAUCAACCUCCCCUCGCGAACCGAUCGCCGCGACGCCUUGGCGCUGGCCGGCGCCUUGUCCGAGCUCGACAUCACUUGGGUUGACGGGGUUUUGGGAAAGGACGUGCUCGACAAGACGCUACCGGGGGACCCAAAUAGUCGACAGGGCAAUGGAGGGUUUACAACGGGAAACAAAGGGUCGUGGAGGGCGCAUAUGGACGUUUUACAGAGGAUUGUCCAUGAGAACGUGACUAGUGCCCUCAUCCUCGAGGACGAUGCCGAUUGGGAUUUGCGCUUGAAGAGACAAAUGCAGGUCUUCGCGCAAGCGUCGAGGGCUUUCACGCAGCCGUCAAAUGGGCAGUCUCUCGCAGAGCAGUACAGCACUCACGCCGACCCAGAGCUCGCAAUCACACAGCUACCGUUGGGAACUCGUCCCCGCCUUACGCCUUACGGCGACGAUUGGGACGUCUUGUGGCUCGGCCACUGCGGGACCGACUUCCCGGGCACGGCAGCCCUAAGGGUGACGAUCCCAGACGACAUGACUGUUCCAUCCCCGAACCAUCUCAAACCGCACCCCUUCGCCUUGCAAGACGCUCUCGCAGAGGACUAUCCCCCGCAUACGAGGGUCGUACACCCCUCACGCGGUACAGUAUGCACACAGGCGUAUGCCGUCAGUCAACAGGGAGCAAGGAAGUUACUUUGGCAGUUUGGGCUCCAAACCCUGACGAUGGGAUGGGACCUUAUGUUGCGGGAUUGGUGUGACGAUAUGUACAGCCCCCUCAGCUCGGACACGGCCGGCGACGAUGGAGACGACGAAAAGAGGAGGGCUCCGAUUUGCGUAACGGUGCAGCCGCCGUUGUUCAGCCACCACUACGGAAAAGGGGCCGCCUCGGAUAUCAUGGCGCCCGGGGGAGGGUUCGUCAACAAGGAUAAAGAGAUGACACCAUACGUCCGGGUCAGCGUCAGGAUGAAUAUGGAGAGCGUGUGCUACAAGAACCCCGAUCCCCGUUCACCGUUCGUCGGCACCUCACUCCAGCUCCACUCACCACCCGGUAUGCAACAAAUCGCAACGCAGCCUGAGCAUGUUGCAGAAAAGCCUCCGGCAGAAACUCUCACCAAUCAAUGUGAGGGCGUCGGGCAGACUUCAGCACUUCAGUCCAUACCCAAGGGCGUACAACAGCAGGGCAUCGCUACCACCAUGGCGGAUGCACAUGAACCCGCGCUCCGGUCUGCGGCAGCAGCUUCCCAUCUACCAACCCGCCUGCCCUGCACCUCCCACAACCCGCCUACCGUGCGCCGUGUCUCCCGCCUUGACGUGACACUCAGGACCGGACGACGCCCAUUCCCCGCUAGGUAA